CAACCGUCAAACUAACUGUCUUUAUCUCACUAGCCUUUCUGUGCUAGUCGAUUUGUUCCUGCGAAAAACUUUUUUGUCUAUCGACUAUUUAUGUUAUAUUUUGACUUGGACUUGUUACGACAUUCAUAUCUUGCCUAUUGUUGGCCUCUCUUUUCUUAUUGGGGCCCUGCUUUGGUUUGGUUUCGUUGUCAGGAUUAUUUAAACUCGCAGUCUCUUGAAGAGUUGAGCAGUAAAGUGAGAAAAAUAGUAUCCGAAAAAGUACACAAAAAUAUAAAUGGACCUGUAAGGUUAUUGACUCAUCCUAGAUAUUUUGGUGUUUCUUUUAACCCUGUGAGUUUUUUCUAUGUUUUUGAUGAAUCGGGUAAAUAUUUAGAAGCAGUCGUUGCUCUUAUCAGUAAUAUUCCGUGGUUAGAGUCACAUAUUGAAGUACUUGUUCCUAAAGAGACUCAGUAUGAUGCUUCGUUGUCUUCGUCAUUGAUAGUUAUGAAGAGUCACCCGAAAGCAUUUCAUGUAUCUCCGUUUCUUCCAAUGGAAAAUAUAGAAUACAACUGGUGUUUUUCCAAUCCAAUUGAAAACUUGAGAGUGACGACGCUUCUGAAACAUCAACAGCACAACAUUCUGUUUGCAAGUCUAGAUUUAGAGAGACAUGCUUGGUCACUGUUAUCGUUGCUGAUAUUUUUGUUUCGUUAUCCAUUCAUGACAUGGAAAGUUAUUUUUGCUAUUCACUGGGAAGCUUAUCAAUUAUGGAAAAGAAAAUUUCCAUUUUAUUCACAUCCAAACAAUAGUCAAAAUGUGUGGUCCCGAAUGAUAGAUUUUUUCAGCUCAUGGUUUUAUUGAAUAUGACAUAGCUAUCCAUAUUAAAAAUUAUCUUUGGUUCCAGGUCUCACAAGGACGAUUUGGUAAUCAGCUAACGUUCGAGAAGCAAAACCAGCUUCGCAAUAACAAAAAUAAUAAAGCCAUUUUCGAAUGAAUAUCCAGUCAAAUCC